AUGCUUCGAACUGGUGCUCGUUCCAUCUUGUCAGCGAUUGUGCGUUCCCCGCGCAAUGCGAGGUCGCUCACCUCAGGGCCUCUCAAGCUCAAAGACACAAAGUACACUGCUGUUGGCGUCGCAAGUGGCGCUGGGCGCAACGGUCAGACCGAAUCCAAUGGCCUCAAACUCCAGCUCGCGACGCCCAAAGAGUUGGGUGGCACCGGCCAGGGCGAGAAUCCUGAACAACUCUUCGCAAUGGGGUACUCUGCUUGCUUCUUAGGCGCACUGCAGGCAGUGGCCGCUCGCGCAGGUCAAAAGGAUAAGAUUACGAACGCAGUAGUCAAUGCGAAAGUCCACCUCGGCGAACCGGAGGGACUUGGCGGAUUCGGCAUCGGUGUUGAGUUGGAGGUCUCGGGAGCCCCGAAGGAUUUGGUCGACGCUGCGCACGAAUUCUGCCCGUACAGUCGAUCGCUGAAAUACGGCGUCGAUGUUACAGCCAAAGUUGUCUGA